ACAUCAACCACAUAGCUGUAUAACCGGUACGAGUCACCAAUACACCCACAUCUACAACACCAGUAGGCUUACGACGACGGCAGGGGAGUAAAGCCGGAAAAGAAAGACGAGAUUUUCUGUCUCUGCCCCCUCCCUUUUCUCCACCUCACCAUUAUCCCCCAUUUCGUACAUACACGCGCACAUGUUUCAAAAAAAAAAAUUUGAAAGACUCCGUUUUCUUUUUCUUUCUAGAUAAACUUUACGAUCACUUGGCGUAGGUAUUUAGAAGGGUAAGCAGGGGAAUGAGAUAGCUACUCGAAAAACAUUUUUUGUGAUUCUGUGUUUUCUACAUCUUCUUUUUCUUUCUAUCUCGUUAAUCUUACGUUUCAAAAUUAAUUGCUCUUCACAAUCAGUUGAACGAUCAUAAGGUCCUAUUAAUCCAGAAUACUUAAUAAAGAUUCCAUUCUUUUCUAUUUCUAGUUGUCUUCUAAUAUCCGUCAAAAAGUUUUCCCGGAGAUUAGAAUCUUCGUUUUGAGGGAACGCAAGAUCGAGAGAAAAAGAGAGGGAGAGAGAGAGAGAGACAGAGAGAGAUAGGGAAAAAAGAAAAAUCAACCUAGUCAAUUUUAGGAGAGCGAUCGAGCUGAUCGACGUGUUGGGAAAGAAAAUAAAUCUUCGAAGGAUAUCCUUCGAGAGCGUAAAUCCCAAGAGAAAUCCUUCGUAUCGAAUUACAUAUGUGUAAGGUUCUCAUAGGUCAAAUCGAAAAUCGAUAAGAGCCGGACGCGAUUCGUCAUUUUCGAUAGAUCUCCCUUCUUUCUCUUUCUCUCUUUUUUCUCUCUUCUUCGAUCUUGAUCCAUUUGUAAGAAUCAAACAAACAAACUAACCAAUCAACCAACCCAACUGACCAGCCGCGACCGACCGAUCGACCGGCCAAUUGACCCCUGCAAAUUAAAAUAGCCCGAGAACAUGCUCCGACAUUUUUGUGUCCCAUUUGCGUUUACGGUGUAGCGCGCGAACGCGUACGUGAGCGUGCGGACGCAGGCGCGCACAUGCGAACGAACUCCUGUAUACACGUGUCCGUGAUACCUCUUGUACUCACCAUUAUUUUUUCAUAAUAAUCGUUACAUUGUUCGUUAUAUAAUUUCAUAAUAAUCGAAAAAAGAUACAAAUAAGAAAAAGAAAGAAAGAAGCGAACAAAGAGAAGGAAAAAAAGGAAUUACGAUCAAUUGUUUUUGUAAUUUCAUUAAAAAAGAAUCAUACGCAUAAGCGCGCGCGCGUACGAAUUGAUUCUUACGAUCCUUUUCCUAUCGUUAUUUAUACGUAGAAAAUUAUCAUAACGCGAUAAAGCUUGUAAUUUCGAAACUUGUACGAAAUCGUUACGCAAACUUUUCCUUUGCGAAAUACUCCUACUAUACUUGUACAUACAAUCUAUUACACGAAUGGUUACAAUAAUGUCCAUCCUUCCACCCCCUGCCCCCAUCUUCACCACCCCGAGCUCUCCAAAGUGACAUUCUCACGUGAAGUUGUUUGCCAAAUAAUUCCACGACACGCAGCUUUCGUAAAAUUGAACUAAUGACUGACCUUAACGAGACGUUUCCUACUUGGCGUAUCACCGUCUUAACGCUAUACGAUGCACAACUUGAUGGCUCGUAUAAAUUGCACACCACCUGCGAUAGAAGAUUUUCCACAUGAUCUGUUUGACGAGGCACAGAGGCAAGGCGGUGCCGUCGUUGUGCACGUAAUAGUGUCCCUUUAUCUAUUUAUCGCAUUAGCAGUCGUAUGCGAUAAAUUCUUUGUACCUGCGGUAGAAAAAAUAUGUCACGCACUAUCGAUGUCAAAGGACGUAGCUGGUGCAACGUUCAUGGCUGCGGCAACGUCCGCACCGGAAUUAUUCGUAAACGCGAUCGGUACUUUUAUUACCGAAGGUGACAUCGGAGUUGGAACCAUCGUCGGAUCGGCGGUUUUCAAUAUUCUUGCUGUUCCUGCCUGCUGUGGGAUCGGCGCAGGAAUGGUUGUCCCAUUAGAUUGGUGGCCCGUUAGCAGGGACUGCCUAGCCUACGGUGUAACCGUCGCCAUUUUAAUAUGCAUCAUACACGACGAACGCGUCGAGUGGUACGAGGCUCUCACCCUGGUCCUACUUUAUAUAGUUUACAUCGCUGUCAUGUAUUGGGAUAAGUCAUUUCAACGGUGUACGAGAUUUCGCACUAACAACGAUCAAUUCUCGUCGACCGACUGUCACAUCGCAACCGAUGCCGAUGAGAUUCAUUUACCCAGACCCGAUAAGCUGCAAUCGUCCGGCGAUCGAGUUGAACAAAUAGCAACGAUAGACGUACCGUUGCAAAAUGGCGGGACCAAAGCACAGGAGGAAAAUCCCGAACCGAAUUAUGAGUACGAGUUGUUAGUUUGGCCUGCACGAGGUGGAUGGAUCAGAAAGACAGCUUGGAUUAUGACCUGGCCGAUUCAUUUGAUUUUCAUGUGCACAAUACCGGAUUGUGAAAAGCCACGAUUUAAAAAUUGGUUCCCAGUUACGUUUCUUAUGUGUAUCAUUUGGAUUGGUUCAUUGAGUUAUGUCGUUGCCUGGAUGAUCACGAUAAUCGGAGAUACAUUAAAGAUACCAGAUUCGGUAAUGGGUAUCACAUUUCUUGCGGCUGGUACCAGCGUACCGGAAGCUGUUUCGAGCGUGAUCGUCGCAAAGCAAGGACACGGCUCGAUGGGUAUCAGUAAUUCGAUCGGUUCUAACACGUUCGAUAUACUCCUAUGUUUGGGUCUACCAUGGUUGAUAAAAUCCUCGUUCUCGCCCACACAACCUGGCAGACAUUAUAUCAGCAUAAAUUCCGGUGGUCUCGAGUACAGCGCCAUAUCUCUACUAUCGACGCUAAUGUUACUCUACAUCGCCUUCGCUUCAAAUAAGUUUCAACUCGAUAGAAAAGUAGGCCGCGCCUGUUUGUGUAUGUACGCGGUCUUCCUAAUCCUGGCCUCUUUGAUAGAACUCAACGUAUUCUUCAUGGUUAAUCUGCCAACAUGUCAGAGGACGGUCAAAUGAUUGGCGAUGAUCGGAGGAUGAACGGAGAUCUACGAUGCUCCGAAUACACGAUUGCACGUUAAAAGUACCGCGGGUUCUCUCUAUCGCCGAUACGUGAUAUCCGUGUGCGAUAUGAUAAUAAUCGUUGGAGGGAGUGCUUAUUUUCUAUAUAGUGUUGUUACAUGGUCUCACCGUGCAUACACACACACACACAGACACAGACACACACACACAAUUACUACAUAUAUACAUGUACAUAUAUAUAUGUAUAUAUAUAUAUGUUUAUAUAUGAUAUGUAUAUAUGUAUAUGUAUAUAUGUGUAUAUACAUAUAUAUAUAUUAUAUUACUUUAUAUUAUAUAUAUAUAUAUAUAUAUAUAUAUAUAUAUAUACUUUUUUCUUUUCUUUCCCCUAAUAUCGUCGUGAUCAUAAAACGAUUUGUUGUAUACGAUGUCACGGCGCCAUUCUUAUCUCUCUAUCUUUUUAUCUAUUUACCGUUUAUCCAUCCCUUUGUCGAAAAUAGAUUAACGAGUUUUAAAUUAAUCCCUUAGAGGAACGAACCACCAUCACAAUCAUUACCACCACCAUCAUCUUCACUACCACCACCAUGAUCACCAACCAAUAUCACCACUUUACAUUAUCUUGUAUUGUUCUUUAUUUUUAUUUUGCACAAUCGUCGCAUAUUUACGCAUUUGUAAUCUCAUUUUCUCUUUCUCUAUUUCUUUUUCUCUCUUUCAAAUGAUAUAUAUAUAUAUAUAUAUAUAUAUAUAUAUAUAUCAUUUUAGCUUUCUCUAAUCCCUCUUUUUCUCGUUAUUUUUACGGCGCUUCGACAAUACGUCCUUUUUGUAUGCGAGAGUAAUAAUGACGCUAAAUACGCAAAACAGUUAUAGACGAUCCUUGAAGCGCCGUCGCUCGAGGGCGAAAAGCUAAUUCCGACCGAAGUUAGAAAGUAAGAGUAUUAAGAGUUAACGAAACUAAUCGUAAGUAAUUUAUCGAAACCUCUCUUCACUUCGUUUUAUUUCCUAACAGUUUUACUUCUUCAUACCAAAGUUAUCAUUUCUAACAAAAUUGCAUCCAUCAAAAUCCUUCCACGGUCAAUAAAAAACAGCCUUUUCAUUUUUAUACAAAAAAAGGAAAAAAAGAAAGAACAAAAAAAGGAUUGAAAGAAGAGCGUCGAAAGACGACCAAUUUUCUACUUGCACGUUCGACAGGAACGAGAGUGUGGAAAAGACUGCCGCUUCCUAUACACGUCGUUUUGUUGAUAUACAUACAUACAUACAUAUAUACAUAUAUACACACACACAUACACACAUACACACAUUCUAUACUUAGGAAGGUUAAACAAAAGUAACAAAAACAGAGAAGGAAUAAUAUAAUCUCUGUCUCUUUCUCUCUUCGUCAUUUCUCUUCGUGGACCGUGGUCGUUACAUUUUCGAAGAACAACAUAUUAAAAACGAGGAAAACCAAAUCACUGAAUAAAAAUGAAUGAACACUAACACCUCGAUUUUAACCCUAAGUAAGAAGAAUCAAGAAAAAUAAAGAACGCAUUACAUAAAAAAAAGAAAAAAGAAAAGAUUAAAAGAAAAAAAGAGAAAAAAGAAAUAGAUUAUUAUUAUUAUUAUUAUUAUUAUUAUUAUUAUUAUUAUUAUUAUUAUUAUUAUUAUUAUUGUUAUUAUUAUUAAAACGAAAAACAAAAAACAAAAUCAAAAAAAGAAACAUUGUAUCGAUAUUUGCGACCGCAAUUGUACCUACCUAGAUAAAUCACAACUUAAGAGUGUAAUUAAUAAUCGAUAUAAAGUACUGUAAUAAAUUAUUAAAAAUUAAAAAAAAAUACAAAAAAGGAAAAAAGAAAGAAAGGAAAAAAAAAUGAAAAAAAACAGAACCGAGAGAGAGUUGUGCGAAAAUUUUGCAUAUUCUCCCCAUCAAAGUUACCCUUCUUCCUCCUUUUUCUCAUUCUCUGGUCAUUCCUCACGUCUAGCCGAAGAAGCACCCAUUUGCGGGCUUCAACAAGGCCGCACGCCACUGACAAUUGAGGACACUAUGAAGAAGAAAGAUCGAGCGAAGAAAUAUCUUCUCUCUCUCUCUCUUUCUUUCUCUCUCUCUCUCUCUCUCUCUCUCUCUCUCUCUCUCUCUCUCUCUCUCUCUCUCUCUGUCUGUCUUUCUGUCUCCCUCACACUUUCCUAUUUCUCCCCGAAAAGCUUUCGAGAUCGCAUGCCGCAGAAUCCAUAUUACCCUUGGCACGAAUUCAAUGACGUGCUCGCUUCGUUGCACGUACUUCCCGCUCUUCUCUGCAAGAGAGAGAGAGGAGACGACGUCUAACGAACGAACGAACGAACGGACGAACGAACGAACGAACGGACGGACAAACGAACGAACGGAACAAACGGGGGAGAGAAAGUCGUCCGCGAGCGGCCAGUGAAAUUUUAGCAGCGAACCAAGCUGUUUUGCUCUAUUUUCUUCUCUUUCUCUCUCUCUCUCUUUCUCCUUCUUUAUCUAUCUUUCAAUCUAUCCGUUCAUCUCUUUUUCUAUUUGUCUAUCCUUCUAUUCAUUUCUUUUGUCUCUUUCGAAUCUUCAAUCUUACUUAUUACUUUCUUAUUUUCUUCCCUCCUCUUUUAAUUCUUCUUUUCGAUUUCUUCCUUCAUACACUUUUCUUUCUCUCUCUCUCUCUUUCUUUUUUUUGUUUCUCUCUUUCUCCUGAUUUUUGUUUUAAAAAAAAAGAAGAAGAAGAAAAAAAAAGAAAGAUAAGUCGCGAGUUUCGUUAUAGCGAGGACAGACCAUAUAGGAUUAAUCCGCAACGCAUCGCACUAAAGAGAGUCUCCACGUUGUUCGAGAAACCAUGGGUGUGAAUGAAUAACUACCUUCUCGAGAAUCCUGGAGUUACCUGUUAUAUACAUACGUGGAAAGAAAUCUCUUAGGAUAUAACGUACGAGUGAGAGGACGGUAACACGCUAUUCGUGCAAGUAGCGCUAAUCGAUUCAUCGGUCACGACGUCGACGUAGAUAAUCGCUUCGAAAUCAUACUACACGGAAACCUUUUAGGCAGUACUAGGGGGUAAAUAAAAGUGGUAGAAGGCUGCUUGAAACUUUACAUGCUGGAAAAGGCUGGAAAAGAAAGAGAAAGAGAGAAAGAGAGAGAACACGAAAGGUUCCGGUAAUUUGCGAUCUUCGGUGAAUCGUUCGUUUCGCGAUAAACUGUUGCGAUUAAGCGCGUUAGAGAGUGUAACGAUUAGAGGAAAAGAGAGAGAAAGAAAGAAAGGGUGAGAGAGAAAGAGAGAGAGAGAAAGAGAGAGAGAGCAAGAAAAAGGGAGAGAGAGGAAAAGUUAAGUCGAUAAAAUUGACGAUUAUUGGAAAAGCUUAUUUCAGAGGAAGAGUGUCAACCGGAUACAAGCGUUCAAUAAGGAAAAAACGAAGCAAAACAAAAACAGAAAAAGAAAAACUAAAGUAUCGAACGAUAGCAUAGAGCCCUAAUUUCCAACGGAAGAAAUAUCGAACGUUUUCAUCGAUCGAAAAAGAGUUUCCAAGAGAGAAAGAAAGAGAAAGAGAGAGAGGAAAAUAUAAGAGGGUGGUUUGGAGGUAGAAAACGUGUACGGUAGGUCGGUAGGUCGACUCGGACGAAUGAAGGCGCGCGCGAAAGGUUAGGUUAGGGUCGGUUGCGCGUCAGCGCAGCAGAUCUGCAAUGCGGCGUUGCCGAUGAAAUGGUUGCUUCGCCAAACCUCCCCCACCCUUAAACUUCAACACCACUACCAACCACCACCACCACACCACCGUAACAGUAGCAGCAGCAGCAGUAACAGUAACAAUACCACCACCGUCACCACUACUUCCACUACCACUUCCACCACCAGUUCCACCGUCACCAUCAUCAUUACCACUAGCCAGCACCAUCAUCACCGCCAUCGCUAUCAUCUUUACCAAAUAACCUCCUCUCAUCUUCUCUUUGAACAGGAUUCGCGUGUGCGCUGAUGAAAACACGAACGAGCAUACGUAACGGCCAUCGCGUCAUAUCUAACUCUAAAGAGUGAAAGAGAUAGAUAGAUAGAUAGAUAGAUAGAUAGAUAGAUGAUAGAUAGAUAAAUAGAUAGAUAGAUAGGUAGAUAGAUAGAUAGAGAGGAAGAGAGAGAGAGAGAGAGAGAGAGAGAAAGAGAGAGGAGAGAGAGACCGGAAGAAGAGACAAAUUUAGCGAACGUAGCGCCUCGUACAUAUAGGUGUGCGUUUUCUACACCUCUCUCCUCCACCUCUAUCAUUUCCAAGCACAUCCUCUUCUACCUCCCCUUUUUCACCAUGCGCAUAGACGAACGUGUGUAGUAUCGGUAGUUCCUUCGCUCGUAGAAUCUUCCUUCCGUUCCCUCUAAUCGUGAGACCACGCGCGUUCGCAAUCACGUGCUUGCUUACAUCUGCUCUUUAAGCAGACUUUUUUUUCUCUAUAUAUCAACGGACACUUUUUCUUUCAAUUAAAAGAAAAUUAUUUAUUUAUUUCGAAGAGAAUCCGUCUUUUUCGUCUCGACAUUGUGUUCUCUUAUCAAUAUAAGAGCACUAUGUGUAUAUAUAUUUGAGAUUAGAAGUUAGACGUUCUUUUUAAAAAGCGCGUGCAUAUGAAUUUACUUACUUGGAACCGAAAAAGGGCUUUUUAAAGGAAGGAUGACCCUUGGAAUCGCGUGGUUAACGCGCUUCGUGACGUCUCAAUCCUCUCGUGCGUUCAUGUAGGAUUGAAUUUUUCUUUCGUCCACAAACGGGGGAAGAGUUAGGUGGGUUGGUUGGUUGGUUGAUUGGUUGGUUCGGCCGUUUAGAAUUAAUAAUUUCGAAGCUGGAGCUGAAAUCGGCACCGGUAUCGAAGAGUGGAGGAGGAGGUGGUGCACCAGGAGCUGAUUUCCUGGAUUGGUCGAGCUAGCGAAGGAAACAAGGAGAGCUAAGGAAGAAGCCUUGAUAAAAAGUAGAAAAGUGAACGAGGAAGAGGAAGAGGAAGAGGAAGAAGAAAAGAAAGAAAUAGAAGAAAAAGAAAAAGAGGAAAAUAUAAUAAAGAAACGUUAGUGGUUGUGACGACGCAUUAUUAGCUCGACUUUUCUAACGGGCCAUUACUAAUCGGUUCGAGUAAUAGACAUCGCGGAUUUAGACACAUAUCUAAAUGCUCAUAUCGAUCAUUCUCUCAUUGUUAAAAAAAUUUAAAAAAAAUAAAAUAAAAAAAUAAAAAGAGAAAGAAAAAGAAAGAGUAUAUAUAUAUAUAUGAUAUAUAAUAUAUAUUUAAUGAAUAGAUCAUGCCAUGCAUUUGAAUCAGAAUUUAUUAUGAUUUUCGAGGAAUAUCGAAAGAAGGAACGCAGAAUAAUGUUGAUGAUGAUAAUACGUAUAUAAUAUAAUAUACGUGUGUCAUAUGUAUAUGUAUGAAUAUCAUAUCCCCCCAAGCUGGGAACGUAACACGUUCGACGAAUGUGUUCUUUGAUUUUACUCCUUUUUAAAACAAAAUACGAGGUGCCUAAGAAAAGAAGUUAUUCAAUAUAAGGUAAUAAAGGAAAAGUAAAGUAAAAGUAGGAAGAAGAUAGACAGAGAAAGAGAGAGAAAGAGAAAAAGACAGAGAAAGAGAGAGAGAGAGAGAGGGAGAGAGAAAAAGAGAAAGAGAAAAAAGAAAAGAUUGAGAGGGAAACUAGUGCCUAAAAAAAAAAAAACAAAGCGUACGUAACGUAACGCUAAAAGUUUAUUAA